AUGCCCCGGGACCUGGAGUCGGCCAAGGCUACCCUCGAAGCUAUGCCGCCCCUCUCCAAAGCCAAAGAGCAAUCGAACAGCCCACCUGCAGACGAUCCAAUGCCCCUCUACCGAGUCCCCACCAUGCUGAUUGAGGAUCGAUUCAAGAGGAUGAGGGACCUGAAUCCGUAUUCUCUGCUCCUUACUCAGGAUGAUCUCGACGACUGCGACUGGCUGGAGCAUGCUGCAUUCGACCCGAUCGAAGCCGCGACUCGCGAAAAGCUCGACUACCGCCUCCACGUCGCCGGCUCCCUCUGCACCGGCCUCUUCACCUCCGCGUACCGGACCUCCCCAGCACCCCUAGGCAACCUCAUCCGGUCCCGGACCUUCCCCUCCGCCGACUCCAACGCCUCAGACCGCAAACGCAUCCUCCUCGCCCACAUCAUCGCAACCAAGCACCCCUCCCCCCUCGUCACCGACCCCUCGAUGGCGUACCCUUCCGACUGGCGCACAAACCGCCACCUCAACCCCCCCUCCGGCGAAGGCCACCACGAGGACGGCGAAACCGUGUGCCUGCACUCUCUCUGCGUGCACCCGGAGUUCCAGAACAAGGGGCUCGCGCGCGUGCUGCUGGUGUCGUGGGUGCAGAAGAUGAAGGACGCGGGCGUCGCGAAGAGGGUGGCGCUGCUGUGUCGCGAGCGGCUGGUCGGCUGGUAUCAGAAGGCGGGGUUUACGAGGGUCGGGGAGAGCAGGUGUCAGUAUGGGGGUGGCGGGUGGGUGGAUAUGGUGGUGGAGUUUGGGGAGCUGGGGGGAGGGAGCGAUGAUAAUGACUUUUAG